UUCUGUACUAAACGUCGUCCGCUUUAAUUUGGAAUAGUGAUUUGUCAAUAAUUUUGUUAGAAGGUAGAUUGUUUACUUCGCUAGUUGAAGAAAUAGUACCUUAAGUAUGUGUGCUGGAAGAAUUAAAACUGCGCACCGAGGAACAGGAGAUAUCGUCGCCUUCAGUGAAAGUGCUGUUCGAAACAAUGCCGCUGUUGUGGAGUAUUGCAGAACGUCGAUGUCAGCACUAUCAGGAUCCACCGCUGGGAUUCUUGGACUAACAGGAUUUCUAGGCUUUGGCUUUUAUGUGUUUGCAGUAUUUGGUCUCUGGUGCUUAAUUCUUUUAAAAGCCGGAGUCAGAUGGGAGAAAUAUUUUACCAACCGCCGCUCUCUUUUAACAAAUGGAUUUCUUGGUGGACUUGUUACCUACAUUCUUUUUUGGACAUUUUUAUAUGGAAUGGUGCAUGUAUACUAGGAAAUAAAGACUUUCUCCUUCAGUAUUUUCAAGUUGGACUAAGUGCGGUGUGAAUUUCUUUUGUCACGGGUGAAGCUUCAUCAAAAUGAGAGUAGAAUCUGAUUAAAGUAAACUUCCAACAUUUUUACUUUAAGCGGAAGCUACUCUAGACUGUGUAUUUGUAUUGUGUAUGCACUGUGCAAGUGUGCUACCUUUUGUCAAUGUACCAUGUGUGAAUUUCCUUUAACAUUUCUUCAAGUUCUUUUGAAUCCCAUUGCUUUCUCAGUGAGAUCUGAGGUCCAAAAGACAGCCAACCACUGUUUACCAAUUUGUGAUAAUUGUGCAUGUUGCAGCAUUCCAUGUUGUUUUAUUUCACUGGAAAGCUAAGUUUUUUCGUCUUUUUGUUUUCAUGUCACAUAACUGAGGGAGCAUUGAAUUAAGAAUCAAAUUAUAUUUACCCUGCAUUUCAUCCCACAUCAACCAAUGUCAAAUAUCGAUGCCAUGAGACUUUUUAUGGUGUUUUUAUACUUAUAUAAAAAAUAUAAUAAAAGUUUAUAAAUAAAUUUUGGCCAAAGUACCCAUG